UCUCAAGCCCAUUUGGGGCAUUUCACAUUCAUUGUUCGUUGGAGAGAUCUUUUCAGAGCCGGCCCCCCUCCGUUGACCGGCGACUCCGGUCGCCUGCAUCCCACCAUUUAUAAAUCUGCCUCUGUUUCCCAUACACGGAGAGCUUACGUGGAUCGACAAUGGCCUCGGCGGAGUCGUUGAAGAGUUCGGGAACUGCCCGAGGAGAAGUUGGAGGCGGAGGAAGACUGGAGGACAUCAUGGAUUCGGAGAAGAUUGAGGAGAACGGUAGUGAGAAGACCGUCACCGUUCUGGACCAGACCAAGAAGAAGAAGAAUAAGAAGAAGAGGAGGAGUUCCUUCUUGCCGAAAUUUGGAUGUCUCAGAUCGGACGGCGAUGGGAGGUUCGAUAUGGAGUCCGCUUCCGCCGGAACGGUUCGAUCGCCGACUCACCUUGUUGUUACGGUCAAUGGAAUCAUUGGCAGUGCUCAAAAUUGGAGAUUUGCUGCAAAACAGUUUCUGAAGCAGUAUCCUCGAGAUGUUGUUGUUCACUGUAGCGAAUGUAAUUAUGGGCAUUUGACAUUUCAUGGUGUUGAUGUAAUGGGAAACAGAUUAGCAGAUGAGGUAAUAUCUGUUGUAAGGCGUUAUCCAGAUCUUGUAAAGAUAUCUUUUAUAGGCCACUCACUGGGUGGCCUAGUAGCAAGAUAUGCCAUUGCUAAGCUGUAUGGAAAAGUUAUCACUCAGAAACCUUCCCAAGAAAAUGGAGAAAGUAGAAGUAAUGGUCCCAAAGAUCCAGCUCCAGAAGAGAAAUUUAAAGGCCAAAUUGCUGGUUUGGAGCCUGUGAAUUUUAUAACUUCCGCAACACCACAUCUCGGUUCAAGGGGGCAUAAACAGGCCCCCGUACUUUGUGGCUUUUACAACCUGGAGAAGGCAGCGUCCAGUGCAUCAUGGAUGCUUGGAAGAACUGGGAAACAUUUAUUUUUAAGGGAUGGUGCUAAAGAAAAACCUCCUCUUCUACUUCAGAUGGUCAACGAUAGUGACAACCUUCCAUUUAUAUCUGCUUUAGGGUCCUUUAGGCGUCGUGUUGCCUAUGCUAAUGCACGUUUUGACCAUCUUGUUGGAUGGAGUACAUCAUCAUUGCGGCAUCGAAGUGAGCUCCCAAAGCGCCAAAAUCUUACAAGAAGUGAGAAAUAUCCACAUAUAAUUAAUGUGGAGCCAGCAAAAUCUGCACACGCUCAAGAUGGAACCUCAGUAGAGACCAAAGGCAACAGAAGUAAGACCGCUGAUAUGGAAGAGGCAAUGCUCAGGGGUCUCACAAAAGUCAGCUGGGAAAGGGUUGAUGUAGACUUCAGAGGGACCGCACAACGAUUUUUGGCACACAGUACCAUUCAGGUUAAAACCUACUGGUUGAAUUCUGAUGGAACUGAUGUUAUUCAGCACAUGGUUGAUAAUUUUUUGUUGUGAAGUUGUCCCGCUGGCAUCUGCUCAAGCAGCGAUCUAUUUUUUGUCAUCUGUUGUGGAAAUAGAAGUAUGUAACCUUCAACAAUUUCAUUCAUUUUUAAGCAUAGGUGCGUAUAGGCUUAAGAAAAUAGUGGAGGGUGUGUCAUGUGGUGUGGCUUCCCCUUAGCCUCAGAUAUAGAGAGGAGACUGAGAAGCAAGCAGAUAUUGUGCCCAUCUGACUCUCUUUAGAAUAAAUAAGAAGAAUCAUAGCUUUAUUGUAUUA